CCGGCGCUUCGUCAUCGACACUAUUCUCAGUGGAUGGCGGCAAAAUGGAAAGCACUCGUCAAGCAUUGCUGAACUUACUACCCUGCUUAACUUGCUCACAAUGCAACAACCUACUAGCCGAUCCGCACAUCAUGGGCCUCUGUGGACAUGUCGCUUGCAGUGCAUGCGUGACAAGUAAUGAUGCAUGUAGCGUGUGUCAGACACCGACGACGCAGCAGGAGAUAAGGUUGGAUCAUCAAAUGAAGGCAGUAGUCAACUGUGCGUUACAGCUGAAACAGAUGAUAUUCGAUGAAGAACUCGAUCAGCAUCCCGCUACAUUCAUUGAAACCAAGACUGCAGGUGAUUCUCCACAAACUCCAUGUGUCUCCAAGAGGCAAGACGUCUGCAAUGUGCCUACUGAACAGUUAGAUGAGGGACAGGAUGUUGUUGAGAAAUUACCUGAAGCUGGCGAUGUUCCAGCAAAAACAAAAGCUGACCACAAUACCUCUUCACUACCAGCACCUCAGGCCAAGAACUUGGAGAAACGAAAUAAACUGGGAGAAACACUACUUCACGCAGCCACCGUGAAGGGAAAGAUUGACCGUGUGAAAGAAUUGCUGGAAGCUGGUGCUAACCCUAAUGUUCAUGACCAUGCUGGAUGGACUCCAUUGCAUGAGGCAUGUAGCCACGGCUACUUGGAACUCGCGCGGCUGCUCAUCUCGCACGGUGCUGACGUGAGAGCGACGUCACCGGACGGGGUAACGCCGCUUCACGACGCGGUGAUGAGUUCAAAUCCCGAUGUGGUCAUGCUGCUGAUGAUGUCAGGUGCUGAUGCAAGUGCAAGCACCAAAGAUGGAAGGACACCUCUGUCUCUCGCUCAAAACGAAGUGAUACGUGCAGCCCUGACAACCGUGCAGUCCGUUCAAGUGCCGGUGACAGACACGAGAACGCCAAUACCAGAAACAAGAUGCAGUUCUGUUGUGCUGCUGGGUUCAGGGCUUGAUGAAAAGCAGGAGAUGGACCUCGAGCAUUGUGCAGAAAUUCUUGGAGCUGAACUGAGGACUUCGUUUUCUCAAGAUGUGACUCACCUGGUUGUUAGCUGCAACAAGGAAGGCAACUGCCAACAGAGAACUUUGAAAGUCCUUAAUGCUCUUCUCACGGGGAAGUGGAUCGUGUCAACAUCAUGGGUGGACAAGUGCUUACGAGAAGCACGUCACGUCCCGGAAGCUCCGCACGAAGCCAAGGGUACGCGGCAGCAUCCAAACAGCGGAGCACCGCGAAAGGCCCGCGAGCACUUUUCAAGCUCCGCUUCCCCGUCGGGCUUGUUCUCGGACCUUACCAUCUGUCUACAAGGCCAGUUGGACGCACCACCGAAAGAAGAUCUGGCCGCUCUGCUGACGCUGGGAGGAGCGACGAUUAUUCCGAGACUGCCACCCUCGCUCGACUCUAAAGUCAUUGUUGUUAGCCAAAGGUGCGGAAUAGAUGCCAGUCAAAGGGGUGGCCGUGUGGUCACUGUGCCGCCAUCGUGGGUUUUGGAUUGUGUGUCGAGGUUUACGUUGUGCGACCCUGAAGAGUAUUUAAGGACCACCGAUGUGUAGUGGUGUGCAUCAUUGUACAUGAUAAGAGAUUAUGCAAUUAAUAACUCAAUCCUUUUUACUUGGC